AUGGGAAACAUUUGUCGGUAAAAUCCAAUUAAUGAUAAAAAUGAUUUAGAGGUUACUACUUCCUAGCCUCCUCCUAUCUAAUAGAUGCAACCUCCUAAGCCGGAGGAAGUGAAGACUCAAGUGCCUGAGAAAUAAGAGGAGCCGGCUCAAGAAAUAGAUUAGGCAAAAUAAGAGAAUGAACCAAAAAGAAAAGAGCAGAAGAAGAUGGCCAAAAUAGCUGCGGUCAUUGAUCAAGAAGUCAUUUAUGAGAAUGUCCAAAAAUAGGAAAAAGUCAAAAGCCCAUUUGAUUUUCAAUUACUUUUGAAUGCUUUUGGUAAUAGCUUUAUUUUUGGGUAAUUACAACCCGAUGACAAAGUGAAGGUCAUUGAGAAAAUGUUUUAUUGCACAGUUCAUGAUGGUGAAAUGGUUUUUAAGCAAGGGGAUAAGGCAAGUUCAUACUUCUUAAUUGAACGUGGACAGUGCUAGAUUAUAAUCAAUAAUGAAUUAAAAAAAACGUUAAAAAGUGGUGAAGCCUUUGGAGAAUUAGCCUUAUUAUAUAAUGCGCCAAGAUCUGCUUCUGUUAAGGCAAUAGGAGAUUGUGCUUUUUGGGCAAUUGAUAGAAAUACAGUCAGAAAGGCAAUAGAAUCGAUUUCGUAAAAAGAUUAUGAUUAGAAUAAGGAAUUCAUAAAUAAAGUGCAGUUUUUUGAAUCACUGACUGAUGAUUAAAAAGCAGCAAUACCAUCAGCAUUGAUAAAUUUAAAUUUUAAAGCUGGAGAAAUUAUAGUUAAUGAAGGAGAUCAAGCUGACUCUUUCUUUAUAAUUAAGAAAGGAGAAAUAUAGAUAUCUAGAGGAGGGAAAGAAAUAAGAAUAAUGAAGGCAGGAGACUCUUUGGGAGAAUAAGCAUUACAAUAGAAUUCGGUUAGAGGGGCUACUGCAAAGGCUAUAAAAGAGGAUGCUACAGUUUUGGCUUUAGCAAGAGAUGACUUAACUAGAAUAUUGGGAGAUAAGAUACAAUUGAUUAUGUACAGCAAUCUUUAAAGAUGGGCUUUUGAAAGACAUGCUAUUCUCAAUAAAUUGACUAAAUUGCAAGUAGAAAGAAUCGUCAGCAAUAUGUAACAGACACAAAAGAAAAGUGAAGAAGUAAUCAUAGAGAAAGGCUAAGCUUGCAGAGAGAUUAUUAUUGUGUUAUAAGGUUCAAUUAAAUAUGGAAAGGAAAUAUUGGAGAAAGGAUAAAUGUUUGGUGAUAAAUUUUUAGAUUAAGGAGAAAAUGUUAAAUUAGGAGAGCCAGUGAUAAUGAAAGAUGAAGGAAUGAUAGCAACAAUAACGUUUAAAUAGUUCUUUGAGAUCAUUGGAGGUUCUUUAGAAUAAAUCUUUGCUAAGAACGAAAAAGCUCAUGAUCGGUUUAUAAAGAAAGAGGAAGGUCAAAAAUAAGAUGUUUUUAAGCAUUUUUAAUUGGAUCAAUUGAUUUAUGUGAAGAAAUUAGGCUAAGGAUAAUUCGGUAAUGUUUAUUUGGUUCAUAAUAAAAUGGAUAAAAAGACAUAUGCUUUGAAAUGUAUCUCAAAGGCAUAAAUUAUUGAAUAAAAUCUUGAAAAGCACUUGGCAUAAGAAAAAAUAGCUUUGGAAACUGUUAACUUUCCAUUAAUAAUGCAUUUUGCUCGAAGUUUCAAAGACAAUACUUAUAUUUACUUCUUAGAAGAGUACAUUAGAGGAAUGGAACUUUUCGAUGUAAUCAGAGACAUUGGAUUGCUUAACACUUAUGAUUCUCAAUUCUAUAUUGGAUCAUUGAUUUUGUGCAUGGAAUAUUUACACUUGAAUAAUAUCAUAUAUAGAGAUAUUAAACCAGAAAACAUUAUGAUUGAUGAAAAAGGAUUCAUGAAAUUGAUUGAUUUAGGGACUGCAAAAAAUUUAAAGAGUAAAAAUGGGAGAACAUACACAAUUAUUGGAACUCCACAUUACAUGGCACCAGAAAUAUUAACUGGCAAGGGAUACACUUACUCAGUAGAUCUAUGGUCUAUCGGAAUCUGUUUGUAUGAAUUCAUGUGUGGAAAUGUUCCGUAUGCUGAAGAUGCAGACGAUCCAUAUGAAAUUUAUGAAGAAAUUUAAAAGAAAUAAUUAACAUUUCCAUCAGUAUUGAAGGAUAGAAAAGCUAAGAAAUUAAUUGAGUAAUUGCUUAGUAAGACUCCAGAGCUUAGACUAGGAUCAUCUUAUGCUAGUUUAAAAAAUAACUCUUUUUUUGAAAGAUUCGAUUAUGAUCUUUUAAUCAAUAGAGAAUUGAAACCUCCUUAUUUACCACCUAAAAAUAAAUUACAUAGCGAUAAAGAUAUUUAAAAGGCUAUCCAAGUCGGUAAAUUGAUUACCGAAGAAAUAAAAAAUGAUCUUGCCACUGCUUAGAAUGUUUACAAACCUGAAAAGGCUCGUGAUCCUAAUUGGGAUAAGGAGUAUUGA